CUCUCCUUCCUUCGAAUUCUCCAUCAUCCUUUCCGCACAUCCAAUUCCAAUUCCGAGAUUGAUGAGUUCUUUCUAGUCCUUGGAGGCUUCAAGUUAGCCGUCUGCAACAUGUAUCGAAGCGUCGAGAAGAGAAUCUCCUGCAAGCGAUGCCAAACACGCAAAAUCAAAUGCUCCCGGACAGCGCCUUGUCGAAGCUGCUCCAUCGCUGGAGUGCGAUGCGAGUUCCGGUCCGAUGAUUGGAAGCGUGCUCCAGCCUCUCAAGAAUAUGUGGCUGCGCUGGAAGGCAGGAGUGCAGCUUUGGAGUCAUUGCUUUCAAGUAUCAAGACCACAGCAGGUCAUCACCGAGAGGCCAUCAUCCAGGGCAUCGACCUUGAAGAUCAUCUCUCCACGACCUCCAUACGUACAUGUCCUCCAACGGUAAGCUUUGAUGAUGGGGAAACCAUCGUGCCAGAAGGCUGUUGGAGCAGCCUCGAAGAAGGUUCCGUAAUCUUCCAUGGACCCGGCAGUGCUUACAGUACUGGUCUGAUUCGGCCAUGUCCCUCGGCACGUACUUUCACCGACGCGUGCGCGUCCAAAUGCGUAUCUAGCCUUCCUGGAAUUGUGAUCAAUGAAUGCAUCGAGCUCUUCUUCCAGUGGCAGCAGCCUUUCUCAACCAUCGUCGACCGAGAUGCACUUCGGUCGGAUCGUCCAGCUGGCUCGACCGAGCAGACUUCCUCAGGUCUUUUGUACACUGUAUGCGCCUUAGGUGCGCUGAUGUCUCACGAUCACAACAUCAAGGAUUUGGCUCCUUCGUUUGCGUCUGCCGCUGAAAAUCUGCUGUGGGACGCAUUCUAUAUUUCCCACUUCAGCACUGUACAAGCAUUUCUGCUUUGCGCAGUCUUUGAGAGCGGCAGAGGGAAUGUGUCCAAAGCUUGGAUAUACUCAGGAAUGGCACUUCGCAUGGCAGAAGACCUUGGAGUCCACGAGGAUCACCUGCCACCUGUUUCAACAGGCCCUUCAGGUACGCUGUCCGUGGACUUCGAGUCACGGCGGCGUAUGUCUCUAACCCUAUCUAUAUCCGAUAAGUCACCACCUUUUCUUGUGCAUCGGCAGACUUCACUGACUCAGGUCCUAGAAUAUUCAGUCUCUUUUUCGGAAGGGCACCCAUGACGAGUAUGAACCAACUCGACGUGGAUGCCCUGAAGUACCUUGACUCCCACAUUUCACACCCAGCUUCUGGGAAUGCAUUGCCAUACCGGACCUCGAAUUCGCCCGUGACUCCACCGAGACCAACUCAAAUGUCUUACGGUGAUUCGACUGCGGCUUGUACCUUGCUAUUGCAAAAGCAGGCUCAGCUUGGAAGAGUCAUCGAAGAAAUCCAGCGCCAAUCACACUCCUCCAGCCGAAAACCACUGUGUCAAUCUGCAAGCUGGAUCGAAGCCUUGCACAGUAAGCUGAACGCUCGGCUCUUGGGCUGGUAUGAUUCGCUUCCUGGUGAGCUGCGGUGGUCCAGAUGGAGUUCAAAUCUCGACACCCUCGAACCAGACCUUGCCACUCUUCAUGUCAUGUACCAGACCACAAGACUCCGUCUCAACAGACCCUUGCUUGGGAGAAAGUGGCACGGAAUCUACUCAAAGCAUCGGUCCAACGGUGUAUGUCAAGCCUUUGACAUCUGCGAAGAUUCGAUAGAGACGAUUGUCGGAAUACUCCGUCGCUUCAGUGUACAGCAUACUCUGAAAAAUGCACCGCUGGUCUUCGUUUAUGGACUCAUCGCAGCCGUUGAUGCGUCACUGGCAAUGGCAUCGGGCAGAGCGCCAGAAGAAGGAUCCGAUCCGCUCCCAGGAGAGACUGUUCUGCUGACCAUGGACACGAUGCUUCUGGAACUCUCCCAUUCUUGGAGGAUCGCUGGUGACGCGAGGAACGGACUGAGAGAUCGCCUGCAGCAGGUACAGAUGGAGAUUUUUCCCACACCUAGAGACGACAAGUCCACCAGCACUCCCUCGACUUCUACCGGGAUAUCUCCUGAUUUCCGUGACUAUUAUACUGCGGAUCCGGGCACAACAUUUGCGCCGUGUGCUCAGGCCUUGCCGCAAGCGUCGCUGUGGUGCGGAAAUAACCAAGAGUUAGACUUGGAAAUCCUCGGAGCCAGCGACCUGGAAUUCGACAUGUCGAGUGUCUUCCAGUACGGAGGCAAUCUAGCCGACCUACGCACGCUUUAGGCAGCCUUCUCAGUUUCAAUAAAAUGUUGAUCAAUUGUUA